AUGGCGCUGGUCGGGCGGAUUCUGGCGACACCCAUCUUGCUGAUCUUGGUGCCAGCAGGAGCGAUUACCGAUCCGAACUGUUCAUUCAGUGAUGACAAUGCUUUGAUCCAGUAUCGCUCACGUCCCAAUGCGAUCGGAGACGGAGUUGCGAGCGCUUGGGUGGCCGGCCCCUUUGGGGACUGCAUGCGUGCUUGUCCUGAGCAAAAGCGUUUCAGUGGUCCGGAUCCUGCGUACCAGAAGAGAGCGGUGCGGUGUAUGUCCUUGGAUGACCAGCCGCUGUCCGAGGGGCACUGUGCACAGUUGGUCAAGCCGAAGAGGUUCAGGAGGGCAAUGUGGAUAGUGUGCACGCGUAGAGACAUUCUUGGCCUGACCACAUAUAUAACCGUAUAUAUAGAGAGAGAGGCAAAACGGAUGCAUUGUUUGUCAUCGGGGCCGUGA